AUGAAGUACACAUAUAUGGUAUGUUUGGAUGGAUCUGAAGCUAGUCACAAGGCUUAUUCAUGGGCUGAAGCUGAAGCACUCCAAGAUCAAUCUAGAGAAACUGAACUUAUUUUAUUAAAUAUAGUUUCAAAAACAAAAUUAGAUUUUAUGGAUGUAUAUUAUAAAGAAAGAAAAGAAUUAGCAGUUAAAGGAGUGGAAUCAUUUUCAAAAGAUUUGGAAAAUUUAAAGAUUCCACAUCAAUCGCUGGUAGUUGAAACUCAUAAAGAUCCAAGACAUGCAAUCAUUGAAUACGCUGAAAAAUAUAGAGUUGAUAUGGUUUUAAUAGGAUAUGAAGAUAAAUCAACUUUAAAGAAAUUGGUCGAUGGUCAUAAUGUUGCCGAUUUUGUCUUGAAGCAUUGUGCAUGUCCAGUUCUCAUUUUCAAAGAUCUCUCCCAACUAAAACAUAUUCAUCAAGAGAAUCAAAAAUCUCUUCAUCGUUCUGGUUAA